AAAGCAGUACAAGUGGAAAAUUUUAGCCUGGAGUGCUAUAAGAAGAAAUGAGAAUAAAUGGACAUUGCAAGAAAGUCAAUGGUUUGACAAAAAAGAGGAUUGCAUUGCAGAUUUUAAGGAAAAAAUGAAAAAUGGAUAUGACAUUGCAGACUGCUGGGGAUCUGAAGAAUACCUACUAAAACGUCGAAUUAUGCCAAAGAAAUACUUCCCACAUUCCUGAUAAAAUAUAGCUAUGUUAAAAAUUCAACGAGGGAGUGGAUGCAUAAAAAAACUUAAAUUUAAUGAUCAUGUACAAGUAAUUUUAAUUCCAUAUGAAGAUCGAAAGGGGAUUUGGAUGGACUUUGCCAUAGAUAGAGCUCAUUUUAAGAGGAGAGUUCAACAAACGGAGAAUAUUUUAUUACCUGUGCUUCUUCAGAAGUUCAAACAAUGUACACUUUACAGUCAAAAGAACGAAAAAUAGGGAAAAGGGAGUGUCUCCCAUUUUCGCUUAAUAUGUAUAAAUAAGUGCCAGUGUGUUAAGUCAGCAUACAGUGUUUUAUACUGUGAAAAUGGAUGGUCUUGUAGUAGAGAGAAUGCUGAGGAGAAUAUCUUUCCAAUGGAUUCGACGCUUGAACGACUGUUUUCUCGUUUUAACAAGAAGAGAAGAAGAAGAUCUAGUGUGGAUCUUGAUUUACCUGAUGCAAUGCCAGAAACUGGCACUUACCAUUAAAGGGAAACUUAAGACUUUUAAAAAAGAGAAUCUAAACAUACCAUUAUCAAAGUGGAAAAAACUAACAAAGUUAGUGAAUGAUCUUAAUAGGAAAACAGAGGGAAUGGACGUGCAGCUCUCUGCAACAAUGAGGAAAAAAGAAACAUGCCACUCAUGUGCUUAUUAUUUUGGAAAAACACUGUACAAGACUACAAAGGAAUUACUUGAGACCCUUCAAAAAACUCGUAAAUUCAUAAAAAACAACCGAAAGAACUUUGUUGUGUAAAAAUGACUGUCAAAUGUGCCUACUGAUUAAGAAAAAAAAACAAGUUAAUUUCACAAAGUAUGUAAACAGACAUUUGUACAAUCAAGAGGUCACAGUCAAUUGUUCUACAGUCAGUGCGUUCUACAGUCAACAGAUUUCCACAGGAAGUGCAUUCUACAGUCGGUGCGUUCUAUAGUCAAAAAUUCUACAAUUGGUUCAUUUUACAGACAUGAUUCUACAGUCACGAGCCACGUGACUUGAAUCAUAUAAAACUUUGAAAAUUUCAAAAAGUUUCAUCAGUUCUGAGCAAAUCUCAGACAGGAUACAACUCUGCUUUUUUUUGUUCCUUGUGAGAUCCUUGUCAGCAGCAGAAAUGGAGCAAAAACACCAAGACUUGAUUAAGGCAAACUACUCGACAUUGGUGAAGAAGAUGAUGACUGUUCCUGUUGCGGGACAUCUUUACGCCUCAAACAUAAUUACCGAUGAAAUGAGACAACAGAUAGACGCUGAGAAAACCAGCUAUGACAAAAACAGAAAAUUGAUCAGCUUCAUUUUACGUCGAGGUUCGAGAGCUUUUAUGGGACUUAGAAUGGCAUUAAUGAAAGCCAAUCAAGCUGACUUAUCCCGACUCCUAAUGAAUAAGGAUGAUGACACAAAGUCUGAGUACGAAAAGAAGCUGGACAUGGCAAGAUCAUUAGUCGUUAGUACUAAAGAAAGAGGAGGUUCCAGAAAUCAAUCAAAGAAAGUCGAUCAUCAACAGUCUCAGGAGCCAAGAUGUAGGAUAAGUUUGGAUGACUUUAAUGACCUAUUCCUCACCGUCAUGCCUUUUAAGGGGGAGAUUUACGUCCACAUCCGUCAUUUCACAGAAUCGCAUGGUCGUUUCAUUGCCACCAAGAAGGGAGUUACCUUUCCUUUAGCCCGUUGGUUAAAGUUUGAAUCUCUUUUACCAGAUAUUCAAGACUACAUUGACAAUACUGGGAAAGAAGAUGAAGAAGUACAGUGGCAUGUUGGUGGAGGUGUGUUCGUUUCAUUAUCACCAGGUUAUCCGACAGUGGACAUAAGACACUUUUGGAAGCCAGACAAUGUUCAAGAACCUAUACCUACAAGGAAAGGUGUAACUCUAAACAGAAACAAAAUUGCCAGACUUAUCGAUGUCAUCGGGGAGAUGCAUGAAUGUGUUCCAGAACUAAAAGACAUUGAACUUUGCAUGCUCAGCGAGUCUCAUCAAAAUCAGCUUGGAAUGUUAAGCUGCCCGGAAUGUACCCCCUUUGGUUACGAUCCACAAGACAAUAUAUCAAUGGAAUGUAACGCAAGUGAUUUACAAGACAUGGAAACCAUUGAGAAUGAUCUUGAAUGA